AUGUCUCGGGCAUCGGUCUCGGCCAGACUCCAGGAACAGUUCCAAUGCCACAUCUGUCUGUGUGACCUGCAAACUCCAGUCACCACAGAAUGUGGACACAACUUCUGUUUUUACUGCCUCCAAACCUAUGUGGGUAUGCAACCCACGUUCUCUUGUCCUACCUGUCAACACCGAUGCCAAGUGAUGAACCUCGCAGCCAACGCACAGCUGAGGGACAUGAUUGAAAUGGCCCAGCAGCUCCACAGGCAGACAGGAGACAGAAAAGGUCAGAAGGUGACUACCCGCUGUGCUCAUGGGGUGUCGGCCCACUUCUGUGAAGAUGAUCUGCAGCUGGUGUGUCACCAGUGCGCCGGGCCUGAGAGCCACAAUGGGCAUCAGGUGACACCCAUCGCACAGGCUGCUGCUCACCACAGGGAAAGGUUUCGAGGCAUCAUCAAGUCCCUGAAGAUACAAGUAAAAGAGGUUCAAGAGUUAAGAAGCUUUCAAACCGGGAGAACCCAGGCCUUGAGGGAGCAGGUAGAAGCCCAGAGGCGAGAACUAACCUCUGAAUUUGAGCAGCUCAACCGAUUUUUGGAUCGUGAACAGCAGGCAGCUUUCUCCAGGUUGAAGGAUGAGGAGAAGGAUAUCAAGCAGAGACUGAGCGAAAACAUGGUGGCAUUAGAAAACUAUAUUUCCAAACUCAGAGGCCUCGUGGGCCACGUGGUGGCCAGCAGAACGCUCUCGGAUGCAGAAAUGCUGUCGACAGUCCAGGAUUUCUACAAGAGCUCCAAGAGUCUAAGGAAACCUGCCAUCUUCUCUGCUCAGUUAAGAAGAGAAGCCUACAACUUUCCUCUCCAGUAUUCAGCUCUACAAAAAGUGAUACAGCAAUUUACAGUUAAUGUAAUUCUAGACCCGGAAUCGGCCCAUCCCCAACUGCUUGUUUCUGAGGAUAAAAAGUGUGUCACAUUGCUAAAGAAAAAGCAACAUAUUCCUGGCUCUUUUAAAAGGUUUACCAGCAGCCCUGUUGUGUUGGGGUAUCCAUAUUUUAGUUCUGGGAGACAUUUCUGGGAGGUGAAGGUAGGAGAGAAGCCUGAAUGGGCUAUUGGCAUCUGCAAAGCCAAUCUGUUUACUGGGGCAAGGUGGUCCUCUGUCCCUCAGGGAUGCUGGAGGAUUGUCUGGCAGGGUGACUGCUUUGAUGUCUCAGGAGCUGAUCCAAACUUUCAGCAGAAGGCCACAAGAGCCAGCUGCAUUGGCGUUUUCCUGGACUAUGAGCUGGGAGAGGUUUCCUUCUAUAGCAUGCCUGAGAAGUCUCACAUCUGUACCUUCAGGGACACCUUUACCGAGCCUGUCUGCCCUUACUUCUACCUAGGACUCCAUUCAGAACCUCUUACACUCUGUUCUGCGACAGAUUCCAGGUGGCCUUUACUCUAACAGGUUUGUUCAAAUU